CUCGAGGAGUGCCAGAAACAGCUGCGAUCAAUUUAUGAAACCAACAGCAAAGUCAAAAUCGUUCCGUGGGACCAAAGCUCUGCCGUUCAUAUCGAUGAAAUUUACACCCAGUUGUCUUGGCUUAUGGAUGAGAAGAAGCCCAGCGGACUAACACAAAAACAACUUAAACGGUACACCGACAUUUUUGACGGCGGAAGACUUCAUCAUACGCCCAAGCGCAUUUUGGUUCACGGACGACCAGGUAUCGGCAAGACCGUUUUUACGCAGAAAGCUACAUUCGACUGGUCCCAGCACAGAUUUAAAGGAACAACAGGAAGAUUUGAUCUCGUACUUUUGGUCAAAUUACGUGAUGUUUGCGACCUCAACGAUGUCCCUGCCAUUCUGAACGAUGCUAAUCUUCUCGCGAGUGAUGGCCCAGUUUCCACUAAAAACCUGUACGAUUACGUUCGUCGCCACCAAGAAAACGUGUUGCUUAUUUUGGACGGCUACGAUGAAUACGUACACAGCGCAGAAAGGCAAUCACCUGUUCUUCAAAUCUGGGAGAAAAAGCAGUUGAGGGAUUGUUGUGUUAUUAUAACGUCUAGAGACAUGAAAGGAGAUGGAUUGAAAAGUUCCAGCGAUGUUCAAUUUGAGAUCGACGGUUUCGACCGUGAGCGACAAGAAGAGUUCGCCCGUAGAUUCUUGAAAAAUGAUCAAGAUGUUAAAGAGUUUUUCAGGUAUUUGAAACAACAAAGUCUGGAGGACGUAGCAAAAAUACCUAUUGUACUUUUAAUGCUGUCUUUAGUUUGGAAGGAAAAGGAUCGUGAAGGACUACCCUCAUCACGGGUGAUGGUGUACCUUCAGUUUCUACAGACUAUGUUUAAUCACAUGUCGGAAAAACAAAAAAAGCCGGCGGAAAAAGUUGACGAUCACAAACAAGAACUCUGUAAAGUAGGAGAACUAGCCUUUGACGCACUUCUAAAAGAUUUACUUUAUUUUCCUCUCAGUAAACUGCCGGAUUACGUUUUGACUGACAAAUUGAUCGAGGCCGGGUUGUUUCAGCUGCUAAACAUGUCCGCUCUUAACCCCUCCAAAGCCGUGCACUUCAUUCACAAAUCCAUGCAGGAGUUUUUGGCUUCUUUAUUUCUAAAAGAAGAACUGUUAUUUCGAGAAAGUAAAAACAAUUCCCUUUUCAAACUCGACUCAAUUGAAAAGAUCUUCAAGUUGAAUGAAGUUUUUAAAUUUGCUGCUGAAAUGUCAGAAGAAGCCGCGCGCGAGAUCUUGAUUCAUCUGUUGGAAAUGGCGGCGAAGGAAGACGGAGAGUACAGCUUCGACAACCAAGCACCGUCAGUCAAAGAUUUGUCAGAAACACAAAAAAAUCUUUUAACUAUAUGUACACAGUUAUUCUUCUACUGCUCAGCAGACACGAGAACAGAACUUUUCCCCACUUUUCUUUCUAAUCUAGGCGGUGUUUUGUUCAUUUUAAAUCCUGACCAGCUGAAUAUUGCAGCAAAGGAAAGUUUUGUUAAAACUACCGCUUCACUUAUGUACAUAUUUUUCUCUUAUAGCGACCAGUAUACAGAGCAAAGUUAUAAUAAUUUAAUUAGUUUAGUACAGCAAUUAAACGCUGUUAUAGUUAGUAGAACAGGAGAACAGAAAGCAUCAGAAUUUUUGAAUGUAUUUCCGUGGCGUAGUGUUGACGAGUUUUUUUUAAUGAAAGAAGAAAACAACACUCACCUUUAUUUUACUCAAAUUGUAAAAAAUGAAGAUGAUGGCAUUCCUCUUCCUUUUAAAAUGGUAAAGACGUUAAUUAGUUUAGAAGAGACAACAAAGAAGACAAACAUGAAUGGUGAUGAGUCAAGUGAAGAGAGCAGCAGCAGCUGUUGUUCAAAGCGUCAUGGUCUCUCCAGGGUUCGGAGGAUUGUAGCUGAGUGGGUGAACAGGUCAGAAGUGGAACAGCUGAUUGAGAUGAUGCCGUUUAUCACCGCUCCACACGUGAUACGGGUUUUGGGUGAAUACGGUGAAGUGUUUGAUGGUGAGGUAACAGAGUCUCUACUGAGGAGCAUCCCAACAACACACAAACUGGAGAGAUUAACACUCGGUCGUAUCAAUGUAACAUCAUCACCUGCUGUGGAGUUCAUCAGCAGAGUAUUUAAACAAGAUCUUCCAAACUUGAAGGAGCUCGACAUGUCAUCCAAUCCUCUUCUGGGUGCAGGAGUCGACAGCUUGAUAAAACAUCUCAGCUGCGCUCCUCACCUGGAGGCACUGUGGCUUACAGGAUUGAAGAUGACUCCACAGCAGGUGAUGAAUCUCACAUCAGCCAUCAAGCAGCACGGAAAUAUCACUGUAUUGGAGUCAUACUACCACGUAAGUUUUUCAAUUUUAUCGCAAUUUGUUUCUUUAUUCUUUGUUUACAGUUUAUUGCUACUCAGCUCUUGCCUUUCGCCAUUUUCCUAUCUUUGUCAUUUUUAUACUCGACAAAACACGAGAUUUGCUUUUGAAAUCAAAUCACAAACUUUAGCAGAUUCAAAGUAUCAUUUCAAAUUCAUUUCUUUCAACUGAUUAAACUAACUCCAUAAAAUGUUUUAACUGAGAACGUUAAGAACAAGUAACUUCAGCUGAUAUUAAAAAAGGAAUUGAAGACAAGAAGAGAAAUUUCGUAUCUUCAAGCAGCCAUAAGAUGAUAUUAUUGGGUGAAAACAAGAACUUCCAGCAAAACAAAAUCAUAUAAUUUCCACAGUAUUAAUUUCUGAAUCAAUUUUAAUUCAUAACUUUUCAUAAAGUAACAAACAACAAUCAUAAAAGCAAAUGAAAGAUGUUCAGUUCAUGUUCAAUUCAAACAAAUAAGCAAAGAGUAAACACAUUGAACUCACUGUUUCACAUUUAUCGUCCAAGGCUCCUAUAAAAUCCGUUAAGUCAAGUGAAGUUCCUUUGAAAGUCCAAAAAACAAACAAGUCUUUUUUAUAGCUGUUCUUUUGUUAGUUCUUGAGCGUUUCUUUGGUAAAUACUAGUCCUUGCAGUUCGGUGAAGCGUUGGUUUUUUUAAGUAACAACCCGCACCAAAAAAAUUGUAUCUUCGAGACAACGGUUAAAAGCAACACCAAACAAAUUUUCGUUACAGGUAAACACUUCGCUGUUCUCCACUGUAUAACACAAGUGUCCACUGCAUGAUUUUCAUCGCGUAAAUAGCAUGAGCUUGUUUUCAAUUUUUCAAGAACACUCGCCAUACAAAUCAAAUCCUGCGGAGCUUUGGGCUUUCGUGAAAUAUCCUUAUAAAUGAUGUUUCCUUGAGCUUUGAACAACUCCUUAGCAUAUUCCUGAGUAAAAAGAGAUGAAUCCCUGUCUUGUGUAACAUUUCCCUGGUGUUUUCUUAUUAAAUUUUGAGUUCAUCCUGAACAGUUUGCCGUUGAAGAGCGAACUGAACAAACUACAAAAACAACAAACGAUGUCAUUCAAAGCCUAGUGACGUGGCGGCAGCUGAUUGGUUAAAUCCACCUCGGAUGAUUUUUCACGUGAUGACAUUUUCCCGCCUUUCGUUUUAUCACGUAACAAAUUCCCGCCCGCAAAAAGAUACACUGUGAUCUGCGAGUUUUGUAAGGCUGAAUAUAUUUUCAAAAGAAAAGAAAAAGGAUUUGCUAUUUUGAUUUUGAUUCCACUAUUUUGAAUGCGAAUUUCUUGUUCAUGCGCCUUGAGAAAGAUAACGUUUCUCUUUCCAAUUCCGCCAAGUGGGGUGAGGUACAGGGGGGGGGGGGGUAAAUCUCCCUCCUCUCUAAACUUUCUUUAAAUAUUGGCGACGGGUAACACUCGUUUCUUGAACUUAGUCGUAAAGGAAGUUUUUGACCUUCAGCGCUUCGCCUCUACACCAACAUACCAGACAAAGAAGGCGUAACCACCGUGUGUUUAGUGCAGUUCUGCCCCCCUCCCCUGUCUCUCUCUCUCUAUGUCACGCAACGCCGGAGGGAGAGGGUCCUCCCCCACAUCCCUUAUCAUCACGCAAGAGAAGUCAAAAUCUUCGCUAGGAAAAAUUUCUCUCAGCAAAUAACUGUAAAGACGCUUAAAAUAGUUUGUCAGUUGUUAUUAAAACAUUAACCUUGGGCUCGUAUAAUUUUUGACAAGGUGCCGGGUUCAAAUGCUGCUCAGUAGCGUUUCUUUUUUCCCUCUGUCUUUCUCUUUUGUUUUUUCGUUUUUGUUUUGUUUGCUUAUUUGUUUUGUUGUUGAUGUUUUUUAAAUAUAUACCUUCUAGAGCAAAGAUAGUAUAUUUAUGGAUAAACAAUCUGAAUUUCUAUUGUUUCCUACAAUUUUCAUUCCUUUUUUAUUGCAAUAUAUUCUACAAAACUAAAACAGUAGCCACAGGCAGUCACAAACUGCCUUUUAUUAUAUAGGCCAAGUUUUGACUGUUGAUCUUUGCUUUGGGCGCGCGAGGCUUGUUUUGAACUUAGUACAUCUUGUCAAGGUUGUUGUCAUAUAAACAAUUGUCUUUCGUUGGUCACUGUAAUCGCAUUGUACUUUAAGUGAAGGUUUUCAAAUGUGUACACGUCCACACUUCAUUAAAGGAAGAUGGGUAGUUUUAAAUAUUGUUUUGUAUUUUGUUGCAGGAUCUUAAAGGGAACCCCGAACCUGAACAUAAAUGGCCAUCACAGGACGACUCGAAAAGUUGGUUCUCUCACCUCUUUCCUGAUUCAUCACCUGAAUCUGCGCAUGAACAGGAGCAGGUUAGUCAUCACUCACCUAUUUUUGUGAAAGUUUAUUUAUUAAUGUUGGUAAGACUUUCAGUGUUUGUGUGAACAGUUCUAUUUUUCUGGCCGUCAGAGAUCAUCAAAUACGCUCAGGAGCCUUUAUUUGUAAGUCUCCAUUGCGGAGGAUUUCCGAGUUGGUGAUACUGUUAGGUUUUAUACAGUAAAACCCGUUUUUCUAAUACAGUAAAAACCCGCGUGGCAAGAAUCUUUUUAGUGGCUAUAAGAACCAGGUUGGCCAAACGAGAUAACCUUAUCUGGUAGAAAUUUAAAUUAAUAAGCUUAUUCAUUAAAAAAAAGAACAAUAUAAGAACCAGGUUUGUUUAAGCCAAACGAGAUCAAGCAGGUUUGGUUUUAAUUUUGGGUUACAGUUAAAUUAAAUUAGUAAAGUUAUUCAUCAUCUUAAAACCUGGUAGAUUCAAACCAUCCAUCGGACCUGUUAAUAGAAACUCUCGAUUGCGUUCCUCCAAAUUCGAGGAUUUUUUCUUACCUAAUUCCUGAGAACGGACCUCUGGAGCCACUGUAGAAAAAUGUGAUUAGAUCGCUUACAAAAAAGUAAGUUCUGUAUGGUAUACUUGUAAGGGCAAGGGAUCUUACGCGAAACCUGGGGGUGAGGGGUACUUCCUUAUAUAAGCCAUUUAGGUAUAGUCAACUCUCGCCUUGCGAACACCCCGAUAAUACGGACAGCAGCUAAAUUCCCCGGCAAAAACAAAUUACAGACGUUUUACGUAAAUAAACUUUCGCUAUUACGGACUGUUGCUAAUGAGGACACUAAUUUGAGAUCCCUACAGUGUCCGCUAUAAAGGGCCGGUUGACUGUAAUUCUGACAUAAUUUCUGCCUAAAUGUCAGGUCUGAAAACGGGUGUGGAAAAUGACACUUUUUGGUCUGAAAUAGGGUCAGAAUUUGGAGAACUAGGCGGCACACCCCCUCCGAGAAUUACCCGGAGUACCCCUUGGGAAGGGAAACAGCUCUGUCUUUCUUCAAUUUCUAAUCGUGAAAGUAAUGGGAGAGGCAUCGGGAAGUUUAGAAAGGGUUUUGGGAUUAAGUUAUCUUCGUUUACGUACGAGGUGAACAAAUGAGACUCAAAUGAGACUUGAGAAGUCCUUGUGAGGCAACGCUCGACCAAUGUGUAGGACGUUCUAUACACUUUCUUUCUGUGUCUGAGACUAGGGCAACCUGUUUUUGUGCUUUUUACCCUGUUUCUCCUCUGUUUUGAUAUUAUCAUUCUCUGCAGCAUCAUCUCUCUUCUGCCGCCAUACAAAACUUUUGUAAACGAGGCUUUUCCUUUAGUCAGUCAUGUUAAAUCCCCGCUUCUGUCCCCGCUUCCGAAAAUUGGUAUUACUGUUUAAUCCCCGCUCAUGACCUGGGUAAAACUAGUCUCCUUCGCAGCCGUUAUUAGGGGCUCCUCCCCACUAGUGGUAGGAGCGUUGCGUGACGACCCUAAUAACGGAUGCGAAGGAGACUAGGGUAAAACAGGUAUUUUGUUAAUUUCCCCGCCACCAGGGCGAACAUGUUAAAUGUGUGUUAAAUGUGUGUGUUAAACAUUGACCGCGUUAAAUCCCCGCUAUCUCCUGCUAUGCCGCGGGGGUCGGGGGGGCGGAGUUGCAGUUGAUUAAUGCAUUAUUUACUUUAUUUAGUUUUAUUUUCUGUCCGUCAGAGGUAAUCAAACACGCUUUGGAGCCUUCGUUAAUUAGCGUCCGAGUAAGAUUUCCGAGUUGGUGGUAGUUAAUCUUGGCAGUUACGUUAAAAGGUUUUAGAUUGAGAACCCGUGCAUUGAGAACAGUUUUAUUUUAUUGUUGCAGGCUAUUCUAAGGAACCGCUUUCUUUUACCUGAAUCGCCUUAUCUCACUUCUGAUUCAUCAUCUGAAUCAGAGAUGGAACUGAAGCAG